AACAAAUACAAAAGGCCACGUUAAUAAAAUGUCUAAAACAAACUGGUGGUGGUCGUCUGACCACUUUUUGGUUAAAUCAUUUAUGAACUCAGUGAUUUGUCUACUAAUCGCCACACUGUGCGUGCCAUGUCUAGUUAAAUGUCAACAUUUAAAUCAACCGCCACAUUUUGUGCCCGGCUCUGGCGAUAUGGCCCGGUUUAGUCUGUCGGAAAAUACCCCAGUUGGCAGUCCAGUUUAUCAAUUGAAAGGUAUUGACCCAGAAGGUAGCCGUCUCAAAUACAGCAUAUCAGGACCAGUUUUUUCUGUUGAUCGUGAUACGGGUGUGGUACGCUUACGUCAGGAGCUGGAUCGUGAGACACAAGAUACAAUCGAAGUUAUUAUUAGCAUAACGGAUGAGGGGAUUUAUGGCACUGAACCCAACACAGUCUCAUUGAGACGUGUCGUUCCUGUACGCGAUUACAAUGAUAAUCAGCCGACAUUUUUGGGUCGUCCCUAUUUGACCAGUGUUAGUGAGUCCCUGCCAGUGGGCUCGGUGUUGGAGGUAAAACCUGCAAUUGUGGUGGUGGAUCGUGAUGUGGGCAUUAAUGCUGAGCUGGAGAUCAAAUGUGUUGAGGAAAACGACAUUUGCGAUACCUUUGAUGUUGCAGCUGAGAAAAUAUCGGAUGGCAAUUACACAGCACGCAUAAAACUCAAGAGACCCUUGGACUUUGAAAGUAGACCCACCUAUAUAAUGACUAUUUCAGCUACAGAUGGAGCUUUUGACAAUCCUCUAACAUCGCAGGCCACCGUCUCGAUCAGUGUCAUUGAUGUACAAGAUCAAUUGCCAGUUUUCACAAAUGCUCCGUAUUCGGCCAAUGUAGAUGAAAAUACUCCAGCUGGUGUUAGUAUAUUGACCAUAAAGGCAAUAGAUGGAGAUGUAGGUAUACCGCGUGAUAUCUUAUUGACUCUGGAAAAUGAAGAUUUUGGUCAUUUUGAUUUGGUGCCAUUUGGGGAACCCAAAGAGGGCACUGCUGUUUUGGUAACAACUGAUGUGCCGUUGGAUCGUGAAAAUCCUGAAAUUCUACAGAAUGGUGGUGUUUAUGUAUUUUCGGUAAGAGCCACAGAAUUGAUAGAUGGAGUAAUUCCAUCCGAUACCUCGACCACACAAAUAACCAUAGUGGUAAAUGAUGUGGAUGAUCAUAUACCGGAAUUUAAUGGUGAAGUAUUUAAUAUCUCAAUACCGGAGAAUUUGGAUACCGGUAUGCCGUUGCCGGGUUUAACGGUCUUUGUAAUUGAUCGUGAUAUGGGCAAUAACAGCCGCUAUUCUUUGGUUUUACGAGAUAUUAAAAAUUCCAUGAAUACUUUUGCCGUAAGUCCUACUGAAGCCCAAGGUCGCACACCCAUAGUGGUUAAGGUGUUAAAUUCUUCACAUUUGGAUUAUGAUGUGGAAGAUAUUGAGCAACGCGAAUAUGCCUUUGAUGUUUUAGCUUUGGUUAAUGGCGAAGAGAAAUCGAAAGUCCGUAUCAAUGUCCAGUUGACGGAUGUCAAUGACAAUCCGCCCAUAUUUGAGCAUACAAGCUAUCGUUUCUUGGCCCUGGAAAAUCUUACGGUUAACUCACAAAUAGGCAUGGUGAAGGCAUUUGAUAAGGAUGCUGGAAAAUUUGGUUUCAUCACAUAUCGCCUUAAGGGAUUUGGUGCAGACUAUUUCUAUACAGAUCCUUUAUCAGGUGGUUUAUUCAUCAAGAAGCCGUUGGAUUACGAGAAACAAAGUAGUUAUAGUUUAUCCAUAGUAGCCGAAGAUGGUGGAGGUCUUGAGGCUAAUGCCCAGGUUUAUGUGGAAGUUGUAGAUGUCAAUGAUAACUAUCCCAUGUUUGAAAGUAUUGAAUAUGCUAGAACCAUUAGAGAAGGUACUAAUCGCUUUGAGCCUGAAUUCAAAGUGAGAGCUACAGAUGUAGAUGGUCCUACGCAGGGUGGUGGCAAGGUACGUUAUGCCAUUGUUUCGGAGAAUAGUAUAGCGGGAAAUGUGUUUAGCAUAAAUGAGUUGACGGGAGAAAUAACUUUGCAAAAAGUGGCUCGUUCUAUGGAUACCGAGAGGGGAGAGUAUGAACUGGUGGUGUCGGCUACCGAUUUCGGUGUGCCACCUUUAGUCAAUACCACUAAGAUUUAUGUACGUGUGGGCAUAUCGGGUAACCAAAGACCAAUAUUUAAAGGUCAUUUCCAAAAUAUAGAAAAUGUUCCCGUAUUGGGUCCACCCAGUUAUAGAGUGUCUAUACCGGAAAAUGCUCCAGCCGGAUAUAAUGUUACCACGGUCAAAGCCCAUGAUCCAGAUGGUUUGGACAGUGCAUUGCGUUAUCGCAUAGUGGGAGCCAAUGACAAUUUCGAAAUUGAUGAAGAAUCUGGUCUUAUAACAGUAUCACCUCAGGCUCGCAUUGAUCGUGAUUCGAAUAUGGAUAGUUUUGAGAUCACAGUAAAUGCCGUAGAUUCUGGUCUACCCAUACCAGAAACAGCCACUACUACGGUGUAUGUUAAUGUCAAGGACAUCAACGAUGAGAAACCCAAAUUCGAGCAACAUAGUUAUGCCGCUUAUGUAUCGGAACGCACGGAAAUCGGAGAUAGUGUUCUGAAAGUAAAAGCCAUUGAUAAAGAUUUACAUUCCAAGUUGAAUUACACAAUCAAGGGAAUACCCACAGCCACCUCGAAAGCUGGAGUCAGCAUAACAAAUCGCAGUAAAUAUCGAGUGCAAGAUGCCUUCCGUAUUGAUCCGGAAACCGGCACGAUCUAUGUCAAUGGCAAAUUAAACCAUGAUGAAGCGGCUGUUGUAGUUUUGUUGGUAGAAGUUAAAGAUCUUAAUGCCGAAGUGGAUCCUGAAGGUCAAAUUGACAAUACCGAGGUCACUAUUUAUGUACAGUCCUUCAAAGACACCAAUCCAGUGUUUACCAACAAAGGCUGGAGUAGCUCUAAACCUGUUAUUAACAUUCACAUAAUGGAAGAAAUGCCUAUAGAAAGCACCUUGUUUAUAUUACAAGCUGAAGAUCCGGUGUCAAAGUUACCCAUACAAAGUUUUGAAUUGGUGGAUCCUAUGGAACUGGAAUAUUUCCAUAUUCAUGAGAGAACUGGUGAGGUUAUUUUGCGCAAAAGAUUGGAUUACGAAGCUUUGGAAGAGGACAAGACACAAUAUGAAUUCCUAGUAAAAGCCAAUGCUCCCGAUAUGCAACGCAGUACCGUGACAAAAGUCAAUGUUACUGUGGAGAAUGUUAACGAUAACAGUCCCAUAUUUGAGGAAUUAUUGUAUCAUGCUACUAUAGUAGAAAAUAAAAAACAUCCAGAGAAACUAAUACGUGUAAAGGCCUCAGACAAAGAUGCUGUUCUCACAGCCAGAGAUGAAAGAUUAGGUUAUCACAAGAUAUCCUAUUCUUUAUAUGGAGAAAAUGCUCACUUGUUUGAAAUAAACAAUGUAACGGGAGAAAUAAUUGUAGCGCCACACGCUCUCAUUGAUCGUGAACGUACUCCCCAUAUAAAUCUCCAAGUCAAGGCUGAAGAUUCUCCUGGCCGUCCCACAGAUUCCAAACAAAGUGUGGUGGUAUUGCUUAUAGACGUUUUGGAUGUCAACGAUAAUGCUCCUAUGUUUGGUCAAAAGGAAUAUACUGCUGUUAUACCAGAGAAUGUGGGUCCCGAUGUUUUUGUUAUAAAAAUCUUUGCUCACGACUUGGACGAUGGUCCUGGCGGUGAAGUGUUGUAUGAAAUAAUCGACGAGGGAGAAGUUAAUGGUCUGUUUAAGAUGAAUAAGCUAACGGGUGAGAUAAAAACGAAACGAGAGCUGACGGGCAAAGGCCGUUCGGAUCCGUAUGAGAUACGGGUGAAAGCUCAUGAUAAUGGUGAUCAAAUUCCUAAACAAACUUCGUUAAGUUCAGACGUUAAGGUUAACAUAUUCAUAGGAGAUGUUAGUGCCAAUGAUGGUAUACCGUAUUUCAUAGAACCGGAGGUGGGACAAAUGGCCAAUGUUACAGAGAAUUCUCCUAUCGGUACACCAGUAUUCCAAGUUAAAGCCAACGAUCCCGACAAUCCAAAAACACCUUCCGGAACACUGCUCUAUAAAAUCUUAGAUGCUACUACAGAUGCCGAGGCUUUUGAAAUAGAUGAAGAGACGGGUCUAAUUAAAACAGCGGUGGUAUUAGAUCGAGAAUCCAAAGAUAUGUACAAUAUUAUAUUGGAAGUUUCCGACAAUGGUCAGCCCAGACAAUCGGUAACCAGAAUUUUGCAAAUUAAAGUAUUAGAUGUAGAUGAUCAUAAGCCCAGAUUUGGUAGGGAAGUGGAUGAAACUCCUUUGACAUUAAAACUGUUGGAAGAACAAGCUGAGGGCACUAUUGUGGGCAAUUUCUCGGCCAUUGAUGAAGAUAUAGAAGAAAAUGCUGCCAUUGAAUAUGUCAUUACCGAGGGCAAUGAAGAGAAUGUUUUUAAAAUACAGAGAACGGCAGAUAAUAUGGCCAUUAUUAAGACUACUAAAGCCAUAGAUCGCGAGUUAGUGGAUAGUUAUGAUCUUACCAUAAAAUGUUUGAAAUUUGGAGAACCUACUUAUCCUUAUCUGGGCGAUCCUUAUGAUCGCCACGAUCUCUCACAGCUAAGAGUGACCAUACAAAUAAUCGAUAUUGAUGAUAAUUUGCCAAAAUUCGAAUAUCAAGACAUGUCGGUGGGUAUACGCAUAAAUGUUCCCAUUGAUAGUAAAAUUACCACAAUACGGGCCAACGAUUUGGAUGCUGAGGCAGAACCUAUCAUUCUUACCAUAGAGAAUGUCACGUUUGUGCCACAAUUCUAUAAACGUACCAACAUUGUGAAAACGACUUCAUUACAAAAUCUCUUCACUUUAAACAAUCGCACGGGAGAAUUACGUACGGGCGGCUCUUUCGCCAACUAUGUGGAUGGUUAUUUCAAUAUGAGAAUAAGAGCUAAUAAUUCCAUGAAAGCCAAAAGACAUGCAUUCAAUAAUUUGAAGAUAUUCGUAAUACGUGAUAAAUCCCUAUUGAAAUUUGUGUUUUCAAGGCCGGCAAGUGAGAUACAAAAUAAUGUGCGGCCUUUCCAGGAAAAGGUUAAGGGAAAACUUAAACCUUUAGGUUUGGAUUUGCAUAUUUUGGAUACCCAGGUUUUGACCAGACCAGACUAUAGUUUAGAUUUCACUUCGACUAGUUCUUGUUUCCAAAUGUUUAAGAAUGGUUCGGCGAUUUCCAUGAAUGAAAUGCAAAAACUUAUGAAUUCUGAGUUGUUGAAAAAACAACUCUUUGAUACUUAUGUGGAAUAUGGAGUAAGUGAAGUGGAGCCUUGUUCUAUGCGCAGAGCAGUGGCGGCAGCCAGUUUUAUGAGCUCCCCAGGUACCUGGUUGGUUAUUAUAGCGGGAUUUAUAGGCUUGGCGGCCAUAAUAACGGCUUGCACCGCCUGCUGUUUAAAGAGAAAGUACAAAAAACAUUCCAAACGCAGUUUACAGGCCUCUCGCUCCACCACCGAGACUUAUGGAGUGGUACCCACUGUUUAUAUGCCCUAUUCGGAGCCCAUUUAUGGACCUUUGUAGCAACCAGUCAUAUGGCUUAGAAAUAGUUAAGACCCCUAAACAGUUUUAAAUAAAAUGCAUAGUUUUAGUUGUA